CACCGCCGCCGCCUCCUCGCCCCCGACGGCCGGCCGGACCGCGGCGGCAUCGCGCAGCGGCGGAGGGGCGCGGGCCGGGGCCACGCGGCGCUCCAGGCAGCCUCCCCCGGGCGGCGGCACCAGCAGCAGCGAGGGUCGGCGCCAUGAGGUCACCCAUGCUCUGGGCACUGCUGCUCUUCCCAGCAGGACUCCUUGCCCAGGGCUGCCCGGAAAGCUGCCAGUGCAGUCAGCCGCAGACGGUCUUCUGCAUCUCCAGGAGAAGCCACACGGUCCCCCGGGGGCUGCCGCCGGACACGGCCAACUUGUACGUCUUUGAGAAUGGCAUCCGCUCCCUCAGCGAGGAAUGCUUUGCCGGCCUGCCGGCCCUGCAGCUCUUGGACCUCUCCCAGAACCAGAUCUCCAGCCUGCCCCGGAAGGUCUUCCAGCCGCUGAGCGGCCUCUCCAACCUCGACCUCUCCUCCAACCGGCUGCGCGAGAUCACCAAUGAGAGCUUCCAUGGGCUGCGCUUCCUAGAGCGCCUCUACCUGCACCACAACAGCCUCCAGCUGAUCCACCCGCAGGCCUUCGACUCCCUGGAGAGCCUGCUGGAGCUGAAGCUGCAGGACAACCAGCUGCAGGCGCUGCCGCCCCUCCGCCUGCCCACCCUCCUGCUGCUGGACAUCAGCCGCAACCGGAUCGCCGCCCUGGAGCCGGCCACGGUCCACGUCCACCGGCUCGAGUCUCUGAAGGUUGCCGGGCUCAACCUAGACCACAUCGACGAGGAGCUGCUGCAGAAGCUGCACAACCUGCACGAGUUGGACCUGUCGGACAACCGGCUGAGCGGCGUCCCGGCGGUCCUGAAGCAACUGCGCGGCCUGACCAAGCUCAGCCUGGCCGGGAACGCCCGCAUUGCCCAGCUGCAGCCGGAGGACUUCCAGGAGCUGCGCAGCCUCCAAGAGCUGGACAUCAGCAACCUGAACCUCAACCACCUCCCCACCGACUUCUUCAGCGCCUUCCCCAGGCUCAAAGCGGUCACUGCGGCCGAGAACCCCUUCAACUGCGUGUGCCAGAUGAGCUGGCUGGUCAGCUGGCUGAGCAGCAGCAGAGUUUCCCUCCAGCGGCCGGAGGAGACCCGAUGCCAUUUCCCCCCCAAGAAUGCUGGCCGGCUGCUCCAGCACCUGGAGUACGCGGAUUUGGGGUGCCCAGCCACCACUACCACCGCAGUUCUCUUGAAAGCCACCGGCACCUGGCUUGCCACGCCUGCUCCGAGCAGUGAACACGUCCCGCCGGAGCCCAGCACAGCCAGUCCCACAAUCGGCCCGGACAGCCACACCAGGACACUGGUGACCACUCAAGAAGGCCGAGCCAGUCCUGAAGUACACCUCUGCCCGCCCUACACCUGCCUCAACGGUGGCACCUGCCGGUUAGAUGCCCAUAACCGCCUGGAAUGCCUGUGCCCCCCGGGCGUCUUGGGCCUCAACUGCGAGACCAAAGCCCCGGUGGCCACUCUGCCGGUGGCCACCCCGGCACCCACGCAGCCCAAGCAGAUCGCCAUCAAGCACGUUGGAGGCACCUCCCUGAAAGUGGACCUGCAGAACUACAUCGAGUCCAAGAGCCGGCUGAAAGGGAUCCGGCUCACUUACAGCAACCUCUCCGGGCCCGACAAGCGGCCAGUCACUCUCAACCUGCCAGCCACGCUGGGCGAAUACACUGUGCGGGAGCUGAGGCCAAACUCCUCCUACCACAUCUGUGUCGGGCCGCUGGGGGACAAAGCCCACGAGGAGGACUUCUGUGUCGAGGCCCACACCUUGCACCUGACCCACCAGCAGCACGCCCCCGUCACCCAGAGCAGGCACGCCAACCUGAUGCUCGUGGUGGUGCCCGCCAUCACAGCAGCGCUGAUCGUGGCAGUGGCAGUAGCUGCCAUCUUCUUCUGCGUCCGGAGGCGGAGGCGGCAGGGGAAAGCGAGGGCCACGCUUGGGACUACCUCCAGCCCACUGGAGCUGGAGGGGGUUAAAGCCUGCCUUGAGAACGGAGACCUGGUCAGGCAGGGCCCCAAACUGCCGGGGAAAACAGCCGCCCCAAAUGGCCUGGAGUACGAGGUACCCCUCAUGGAGCCGCAACGCUCCAGUGCCUCCACGCCCCGGGCGCCGAGGCCUUCGUACUUUUAAGCCCGAGGGUGGUGUUGCAAUGCAAGAGCUGGCUCCAGAACAGACAGCACGACGGGAGAUGCCUCGUAGAUCGCCACGGCAACCUGAGGGAGGCAGAAGGACUAAAGCCCUUGUUCAUCACCACAGUCCCAGGACCUGAUGGCAGCUCUGCUCACCGGCUGCUGCCAAGGGGUGCAGCUCCACAGAGGCCAGGCCUACAUGCAGCCUGGGAGCCUCCCCUCACAGACCGUCGAGCCCCACCAGAGGCCGUCAGACGGUGAUGAGGGAAUGAGGGAGCAGGCUUUGCACGGCUGGGCGGGUGGGUGGGGAGGGAGGGGGCAGAGAGGAAGAGGGGAAGGUACGAGGGAGCUCCCUGGCUGAGCCCCUAGAGAUUAAAGCUUUAAGGACCUGUAGAGAGUAUUUAUAUAAUUGCCAGAUUAUUUUCCCAUUUCUUCUGGGAAAUCUCUUUUCUAACACAGAUUGAGGUACUUUUUAUAAAACCAGACUAUAAAACGCUUUUGUACAAAACAAUAAACUGGUGUUUGUGUGCCGCG